UAGGGGGCGGUGUGAAGCUACGAGGUGUGGGGAAGACCCCGGUGGCCGCUGGGCGGCGCUGCCUUCUGCAGGACCGGGAGCAGAGCUGCGUGUUUCCGCCGCCCAGAUGUACCGAGCUCCGGUCAGACCUCAGCGGAGUCCCGGAGCCCCGCGGCCGGCUGGCAGGUUUCCCUCCCCGGCCUCCUGCUGGGGUUUCCCUGGGACUCGCUCUCCCUACGGAGGAUCUCCCCGGGGCGGCCCCGCGCACUCUCCGGGUUCUCCGAGCUAUUCCCCGGGUUCUAACCGAGGAUACAGGGACGGUUCUCCGUUCGGCGGGUUCGGCGGCGGUUCCCGGGGGUUCGGAGACACUCCGGCCGGGUUCGGCGGCGGGUCCCGGGGGUUCGGAGGCCCGACGUGGCGCAGGGGCGGCGGGUUCAGGCGGCCUCAGUCCUUCAGUCCCGCAUCGGCUCAAAACCUCCAGUCUGGAUCUGCAGACUCUCCAGUGGAGAAAUACUUCAGUCCGUCGAUGCUGCAGGACCCCUGGGCAGCUCUGCAGCCCGCCACAGGCCGCCAGACCGGCAGCCUGACGGGGAACGGCAGAUAGCAGCAGCAGCAGCAGCAGCAGCAACAACAACCAGACGUCCUGACAGGAAACAACAACAACAACCAGACGUCCUGACAGGAAACAACAACAACAACC